AUGUUCCCAUCGAUGACUCUUUGCCAGAAGCAACUCAUGGCUGCCAAGAUCGUGGAUAGAGGUUACUUGACCAAGUGCCGGCUGGAGGAAGAGCGAAUAGCAAGAGGAGAAGAGGUUCCGUGGUACGCAGACUUUGUGAACUACUUGGUGUGCAGGAAGUUCCAAGUGGAUGGAGUGGUUAUCAGAGAAAGAAGUUCUUCAAAGAUGUGGUUCACUACUACUGGGAUGAACCCUAUUUGUUCAGAAAAGGGAAUGAUAACUUGUUCAGAAGAUGUGGCUAAAGAAGAGGUUGAGGGAAUCUUGUUCCAUUGCCAUGGUCAAGCUAUGGAGGCCAUUUUGCGGUUUUAA